AUGGAUGGCCCUACAAAAGUAGUUUAUGUUGGAUCAAUUCCGUACGAUCACACUGAAGAGCAAAUGCUUGACAUAUUCAAAUCGGUUGGACCAGUUGCGAAUAUUCGUCUUGUAUUCGACAAAGACACGGGUAAAUCUAAAGGAUUCGGGUUUGUAGAAUAUCACGACGAGGAGACAGCUGCGUCUGCUGUACGAAAUCUCAACAAUUAUAGUAUUGGUCCAAGGGCUUUGAAAGUAGCAUUUUCGCAUGAGACCCCUGUCGGAGGUUUAUUCAAAGACUCUAAAAUUUCCUCGGAUCUUCCACCACUUCCUCAGGGUCCAAUUCCCGCUCGAGGAGUAUCUGGUAAUGAACUAAUCUCACAAACAAUAGAUGGAUUUAGUCAAGAACGAAAAGUCCAGGUAAUAGUAGAUAUGAAGACUCUUAUCAGCAAUAAUCCUACAUUGGCCACAGACUUAUUAAAAGCGGCACCUCAAUUAUCAUUUGCUGUUGUACAAACUCUAUCGGCUCUUCAACUUAUUACCCCACAACAGAUUACGAACCUGACCCCGGAUUCCAAUCCUGCUUCUGAAAGCCAUGCACCUGCCCCAGCACCAGCACCUGUAGCUGUGGAUCCACAACAGGCGGCACUCAUUAAACAGGUGGUACAGUUAACUGAUGACCAAAUAAAUGCUUUACCAGCAGAUCAAAAGGAGACUAUUUUAACAUUAAAAGCAAAGGUCAAGUCUGGAGAAAUUAAAAUAUGA